AAAGCAGCAGCCUAUCGUUUAAAGAUAUCGACUGCUCCUACCACCUGUGCGAAAAAAGAUUCCAGUUAUCAUGACGCUCAAGACUGUGACGUGUUGGAAGGUGCCGUAAUCCAUUAUUGCACAAUUACGGAGAAAAGAAACAAGAACGGAGACUUUUUUUUCCGGAGAACAAGUUGCUCAAAUAAAAACUUUCCAGAAUAAUACAGAAAAAAAAACUUCAACUGAUAAUGAGGCAAUUAUAUUAUUAAACAGUUUAUAUUGUUAUGCAAUAACCGAAAAAUGCA